CCUCGGAGGCAGUCGCCCUUCUCACGCCCGGCGCGGUUGGCAAGGGCUUUCCGCUCAGUAUCUGGAAGACAGUUUUUCUGUCAAGUGGUCAUUUGACCCAUAUGUUAUAGGACCUUGCAAGAUUAAAACUGGAGGAGAGCAAUGACAUCCAGUAGAAGACACUGGACCUCAGAAUUGGAAGAGAUAUCUGAAGACAUGAAUGCUAGAAGAAAGCACUGGAAAGAGAAUAUUUUUACUCCUUUUUUUAGUGCACAGGAUGUUCUAGAAGUUUCUCAGUCUGAAACUUCUUCUGAAAGAAGUACUAAAGACAGGACCAAGAGAAUGGAAGGGGCUUAUCAUUGGUCCAGUAGAAAGUUUCAAGAACUGAAUAAAUUUAAGCGGAAAGACUAUGUUCCCCAAUUAAAUGAAAAAGACCAAGAACCAAAUGUAAGAGAGAGAAAGAUCAACAUUUCAAAGAAAGAAGCAGACCCAAAUUCCACUUCCUGUUAAUAAUUUCAUCUGGAUGUUACAACUGAAGAAAGCUUUAACAGCACAGAAGCCCACUCUCUCUGGAGUACAAAGGAAUUACCAACUCUACCACGACCAGACACGAAGAAGAAAUUUACUGAAGGCAUGUCUCCAAAACUUCGCCUGAAUCUUUUGAACGAAGAACUGGAAGAACUUAAUAUGAAAUGCCGAAAAAUAGAAGAAGAAUUCGAAACUGCUGAGAAAGAACUUUUGAACUCCAAAAAAGAAGUCUCCAUAAAAUUCCUUAAUUUUCAGGAAAUAGGGACAGACACCUCAAGAGAUGACACAGAUCUUCCAGCUUUAAGAAAUGAUUUGUCUGAAAAAGCAACAGAUGUUAAAUACUUAACUGAAGAGCUCCAGCAAGCCAAAGAAGUCAUCCAUAAGUUGAACCUGGAGAACAGAGAUUUAAAAGAAGCUGUUAGAAAAUUAAAGCGGCAAACAGAAGUGGGAAAUGCACUCCUCAAAGAAGAAAUGAAAUUGUAUCAUCAAUUAGAAAUGGAAAAAAUCCGCAGAGAGAUCGAUGCCAUCAGGGAUGAACUCAGAGAUGAAAAGACCCUGCAAGCAAAAAAUAACAGAGCCCUGGAGCUGCUUAGAAAAAACUUUGCUUCAGCGGUGACAUCAUCAAGUACCCUGGACAGCUUUACUGAGGAUGUUUUUUAAAACAAACAAAAAAAAAGCCUUUCAUUAGGCAAGUCAUUGA